AUGGCUCAGGUCGGUUCAGCAAUGCAGUCGGCCAUUCAGGCUGCCGUUCAGCCGAAGCUGAUGGAGAACGGAUGGGUGGUCGAGGAGAGCGACACCACUCUCUCGGAAUAUGUCACCAUGAUGGUGGUCAACGGCAAGGAUCACGACGGUGUCAAGCAAGAACUCGGCGGAGACCUUCUCGGCGUCGGCGAGGACGAUCCCGCGGUGGGCGAAUUUGCGCAGUGGCUCUUCAGCACCGUCACCCAGCUCCAAGGACAGCAACAAAAUGCCCAAGCUGAGGAGGCAAUGCAGCAAGACCAACAAGCGCAGCCCAUUCCCACCAUCCAGGACUCGCAGAUGGAAGACACCACAUCUUCCGAACCAGCACCGUACGUGCACCCCUCUCGCACCCAAAAGUCCUACAACACUGGCGCACAUGCCAGCCGCAAGUUCUACCCCCCUCUCAGCCCCUCUACCAUCCCCCUUUGAGCAGAGCAUGUCGUACACCCGCGCAGCUCACCUACAGAUGCAAUAUGAGCAGCAGCUAAUGCUUCAGCGCAAUAGACCGACCGGUCCCAAAUCGAUGCGAAACGGCAACAAUGCCCGAGGACGCGGCGGUAGGAUGCUCGGUCAGAUGAACCGACAGCUGGAUCGCCAGAGCGAACUCCCCGACAACCUACGGAGAAUACGAGGCGCGGCCGGUGGCCAGGCAGGCCGCAUCAAUGCCCACUCAGGCCGUGAUGGCGGCGCACCUCGGGGUCCAAGAAACAAUAACAUUGCGAACGGCGUCCAGCGCAUGAUGAACGGCGGAGGCCGUGGCGGUCAUGGCGGCAACAUGAACGGCAUGAACAUGAUGAACGGCGGCAACUUCAACAACAACCAGCAAAUGCAAUUCAUGCAGAUGAUGGAGGCUUCCGCACAGAUGAUGGCCCAGGUCUUGCAGCAAAAUGGAAGUUUGAACAUGAACGGAGGUCCUCAGCGUGGCGGACACCGAGGCGGCAGAGGAGGUAGGGGCGGCCAGCGAGGUGGGGCCGCGCCACAGAAGCAACUCCAUGCCGUUGAUGGUAAGCUACCGGAUGCUGCUCUUACGGGAAGCAACCAGGAUACCAACAUGGACGUCGACGCUGGCGAGAACGCAUCCGACAAGUUCGCAACCAUGUGCCGCUUCAACUUGAGCUGCACCAUUCCAACCUGCCCGUUCGCACACCAAUCGCCAGCCGCGCCACCAAACACCGCCGUCGAUCUCUCAGACACCUGCGCGCACGGUGCAGCCUGCACGAACCACAAGUGCAGUGGUCGUCACCCGAGCCCAGCUCAGAAGAACUCACACCAGCAGGAAGUCGAGUGCAAGUUCUACCCGAACUGCACCAACCCACGAUGCCCCUUCAAGCACCCAAGCGAGAAGCCAUGCAGAUUCGGCGACGCUUGCAAGAACGCGAACUGCACGUUUGCUCAUCCCAAGAUCAUGUGCCGGUACAAUCCGUGCCUCAACCCGGCGUGCCAGUUCAAGCACGCGGAUGGACAGAAGCGAGGUAAGUUUGAAGACAAGGUAUGGACAUCAGAGGGCGGCGAGGAGCAGCAGCAGCAGCAGCAGGGGGAGGGAGGCAGAGCAGGUCGGUUCGUCGACUUUUCGAAACAGGAUGAGGGCAAGGAGGAGCUCAUCAUCCCGGGCCAGCAGCAGCAGCAGAACGGCGAGACGCAGCAGCAAGAUUCCAACCCGCAAGCAAUGGAGACAUCUGUUGCCACCUAG